UGGUGUCAGGUAAAACCUUAUUGAAGAGAAAUACCCUUGAAGUUUGGUGUGUGGGCGUGGCUGAACCCACUUAGUGCAGUCGUCACUGGUGAGGCAACGUGAUUCGGGCCAAUGGGAUUGUAGAUCUAUUUUCACUCAACCACUGCCCGAGCAAGAUUCGCAAAUAGGCGGGCAAAUGUGUCAACUCUAGGUUGAGUCGGUCAACCCACCGGUGUCCCUUGUAGCCUUAUCUGGACUACAUUGCACAACGAUGGGCAAUGUGUUGGCUGCCAGCUCCCCAAACCCACCGCCUGCUGCGGGCGGUGGUGCUGGUGCUUCGGGGGGCGCAGGGUUAGUAAACGUACCUCCUGGAUUCGCCAUGCCUCCUGUCUCACCAGUUCCCCCCAACACAGGCACUACCGCCCAGGCAGGAGGGGAGGCAGAGGGUGCCCUCCCCAAUCCAGGUACUUUCGAAGAGUGCCACAGAAAAUGCAAAGAGGUCUUCCCUCUUCAGAUGGAAGGUGUGCGGUUGGUCGUAAACAAAGGCCUCAGCAACCACUUCCAGGUCAGUCACACAAUUACCCUCAGCACAGUGGGUGAUUCAGGAUAUCGCUUCGGUUCCACCUAUGUAGGUAGCAAGCAGACUGGACCUGCUGAGUCUUUUCCAGUGAUGGUGGGAGACAUGGACAACACUGGAAGCCUCAACGCUCAAGUUAUCCAUCAGCUGACUGAUCGUAUACGCUCCAAGAUAGCCUUGCAGACACAGCAGCAGAAGUUUGUGAACUGGCAGUGUGACGCAGAAUACCGUGGCGAUGACUUCACAGCUGCUGUCACACUUGGGAACCCAGACGUCCUCGUCGGCUCUGGUAUCGUAGUUGCCCACUACCUCCAGUCGUUGAGCCCUGCCCUGGUCCUGGGUGGAGAGCUGGUCUACCACCGAAGACCUGGAGAGGAGGGCACGGUCACGUCACUCGUGGGCCGCUACACAGGGAGUAAUUAUGUAGCUACGUUGACACUAGGAGGAGCUGGCGCGCAUGCAUCAUACUAUCACAGAGCCAACGACCAGUUACAAGUUGGUGUGGAAUUUGAAGCCAGCACGCGGAUGCAGGACACAAGUGUGUCCUUCGGUUACCAGCUGGAUGUUCCCAAAGCUAACUUGCUGUUCAAAGGUUCCGUGGACAGCAACUGGAUCGUGGGUGCCACGCUGGAGAAGAAGCUGCUCCCUCUGCCUCUGGCCCUGUCCCUGGGCGCCUUCCUCAACCACCGCAAGAACAAGUUCCAGUGCGGCUUCGGCGUCACCAUUGGUUAAAGCUAACACGGGGCUACGUCUAUCCCCCAAGCCCUUCCCCUACCCUCUGCCCUCACCUGCUCCCCAGACCUACCACUUACCACCAUGACUUAGUCAGCAGGCCACCUCCUGUGUGGCCAAGCCCGUGCUGGAACUAAGAGGUGCAGGGACAUGGAUAAUGUGUACACACACACACAGACGCAUACACACAUACAUACACACACACUCAUACACACGAACAGAAUGCGGGAGAGAAACACAUGAAGGUUGCAGACUCUGAAGUGAAGCCCCAAUGAUGACAAAGAAACAAUUUCAGGGAGGGUUCAACAGUAUUGUUAAAGGUACAUUGACUCAACGCCCUCACAGUGAAGAACUCUAUGAAGUGUAUGUGUGUCUGUGUGUGGGAAACUCAAACUUACUGUUAUGUGUUGAGGUCCGCCCUUAUCCAAGACCGUUAUCCUUUGCAAUCGGACGCUGUAUUUUGUCUCUGCAAAUAUCUAAUUUUGACCAAAGUAAAUGAAACUGAUUGAGCUAUUGCACUUCUGUCUGGGAAAAUGAGAACAUUCAAAACUAGUUUAUUUGCAAUUUUGUAAGGGAAAACGAUGGGCAGAUAUGCAUUAAAUCUACACACCUUAGGUGUUUCAUGGCACUCUGUGCUAUUAGGAUGUCGCAUAGCCGUCAUGAAGCGGAAGCCUCUGGACUGAAACAAAAUGUCCGAAAACAGAUGUAUCCAGGUAAAAAAUCAAGCUUGGCAGGCUGACUCUGCAAUGAUCAGGAAAGCUUGUUGGCUGGCUCAAGGGCCAGAACAGAAUAUGGUGGCAGUCUCUUAACCAGGCCCCAGCUUCAUGUUCAUGGUUUAGUGGUUAACCUAGGUGAUCAAUCUCAGACAGUAGUAAACCCUUGAAGUUGAGCAGCCUGAUGGUUUUUAUUGCCUUUAAGUUGUGAAUCAGCAGGAAGAGGCAGUGUUCCAUGUUCUGUUUAGAAUUAGCGACUUACCAACCCCCUUAUAUUAUAUGUUGAGAUGUGUUGAAAUGUGUCUGAUUUUCUGAGGGAGUUUUUCUGAUGUUAAUUUCUUCACAAAUAAGUGGGGUUCUCCUUUUGCAAAUGGCCUCACCUCAGAGUCAGUGAAGCCUGGAAGCAAAUAAACCUGCUUUCUGAAGUACAAGCGCCCACCCACCCCUCUCGCUCAAGGUGUAGGUUCACCCACUACUUUAGGUCACCUUGGCCAUUUAAAAAAAAAACAUCAGACAAUGCUCUUUAAACUGGGCCCUGGUGUGUGUGUGUUUGUCUUUUUGUUUUGUUUUCUAAGCCGUCCUUUUCAUACUGCGAUGAUUCGCCCAGCCGUUUACACAUACACAGAGACAGACAGGGUGGGGGACACAGCCCACAGCCAGGUUAUGCAAUGCAUGAUUACAGCAAGACUUAAUGUCAGAAUGGACCAUUGAUACCAUGCUAUUGUUAAUCUUUUUUACUGCAGUUUAAUGAGGAACAUAUGCAUCGAUGGAUGGGAAUAUCUUUGAAUCAGAGCUUUGUCGAAGCCUGUGAUUGACAUGUUAAUUGGUGAUGUUAAUGUAACUUCCCUUUUUUAUAUAUUAUAUUGAAAAUGCUGGUCAAGGGAAAUCGGACUGUUUCAAUUAACCAUUUGUGUGUGAGUGCGUGUAUGUGUGGAUAGGUUAAAGCACUUUGUUUUACUGUGAUGACAAUAUUGUAAAGCAGAGGCAAAUCUUUGUUCAGGAAAAGAAAACAUCACAAUAAACUUUUUUGUGCUUUUAAGUGGA